GGUGCGGUCUGAGCGUGCGCAUUUCUUUCUGUAGGCUCCAGAGGACACGCGCUACCCGGAAGACUUUCUUGCCACACUGCAGAGCCGGUGUGAGGGGCGUCGAUGGCGGAGGCUGCGGAGGCGGCAGCCGAGAGCGGUGGUGGCGGUGACUCCCGGGUUGGCGAGUGCGAACGGGGGGUGGCGCCCAUUAAAGCUCAGUACCGCACCACCAAAGAACGGUUCCACGAAUACCUGGAUGCAGACAAGCAGGAGGGUGCAUGCCAGGAAACGCCCACAGGAGACCCAGAUGAGCCAGGGGCCAAAAGAAUCCGCCUGGAAGACAAGCAGGAGAAUGGGAAGGCAGAGGCGGCAGUUGAGUCCCAUGAAAGGCAGGUGCCCAAGAGGGCCCGUGGCCAAAACAAAAGUCGGCCCCACAUGAAGCCAGCAUGCUAUGACAAGGAGAGGCUCUGCCCGUCCCUCCUCCAGGAGUCGGCCACUCCGUGUGCAUUUGGGGACCGUUGCCGCUUCCUGCAUGAUGUGGGGCGCUACCUGGAGACCAAGCCGGCAGACCUGGGCCCCUGCUGUGUGCUCUUCGACACCUUCGGCCGGUGCCCUUACGGUGUGACCUGUCGCUUUGCUGGAGCACACCUAGGGCCUGAGGGUCAGAACCUGGUGCAGGAGGAGGUGGUGGCCCGCUGUGUGCAGCUCCCUUGUGUGCGAAAUGGCCUAGACAGGGCCCUGCAGCAGCAGCUACGGAAGCGCCAAGUGUGCUUUGAGCGAGCUGAGCAGGCCCUGUGCCGCCUCACCCAGGGCCCCAUGCCCCCCACUGUCCCCGAGACCGCUGUGGCCGUGCUGACCCCGGAGCAGAAUAGCUGCCAUGCCCAGCUGGACACUGUGGGAGAGGCCAGCACCCCGCAGGGCAGCCCUGUGCCCACCUGUGGGCCCUUGACAGACGAGGACGUCAUCCGGCUGCGACCCUGUGAGAAGAAGCGGCUAGACAUCAGUGGAAAGCUGUAUCUGGCUCCUUUAACCACGUGUGGAAACCUACCCUUUCGCCGCAUCUGCAAGCGCUUCGGUGCAGAUGUGACCUGUGGUGAGAUGGCCAUGUGCACAAACCUGCUCCAGGGACAGAUGUCUGAGUGGGCUUUGCUCAAGCGCCACCCCUGUGAGGACAUCUUUGGGGUGCAGCUGGAGGGCGCGUUCCCUGACACCAUGACCAAGUGUGCUGAGCUGCUCAACCGCACCAUUGACGUGGACUUCGUGGACAUCAAUGUGGGCUGCCCCAUCGACCUUGUCUAUAAGAAGGGUGGCGGCUGUGCACUCAUGAAUCGCUCUGCCAAGUUCCAACAGAUUGUGCGGGGCGUGAAUGAGGUCUUGGACGUCCCAUUGACUGUGAAGAUGCGCACAGGUGUCCAGGAGCGUGUGAGCCUGGCACACCGACUGCUGCCCGAGCUGCGGGACUGGGGUGUUGCACUGGUCACGCUCCAUGGACGUUCCCGGGAGCAGCGCUACACCAGGCUGGCCGACUGGCCCUACAUAGAACAGUGUGCCAAGGUGGCCAGCCCCAUGCCCCUGUUUGGAAAUGGGGACAUCCUUUCAUUUGAGGACGCCAACUGUGCCAUGCAGACAGGUGUUGCGGGGAUCAUGGUUGCCCGUGGUGCCUUGCUCAAGCCCUGGCUGUUCACGGAGAUCAAAGAACAGAGACACUGGGACAUCUCGUCCUCAGAGCGCCUGGACAUCCUGAGGGAUUUCACACACUAUGGCCUGGAACACUGGGGCUCUGACACACAGGGUGUGGAGCGGACACGGCGAUUCCUUCUUGAGUGGCUCUCCUUUCUUUGCAGGUAUGUGCCCGUGGGCCUGCUCGAGCGCCUCCCACAGAGGAUCAAUGAGAGGCCGCCUUACUACUUAGGCCGUGACCACCUGGAGACACUCAUGGCCAGCCAGCAGGCUGCAGACUGGAUUCGCAUCAGUGAGAUGCUGCUUGGACCAGUACCGCCUGGCUUUGUCUUCCUGCCCAAGCAUAAGGCCAACGCCUACAAGUAGCCAAUAGAGACAAUAAAUUUUAUUCUUCUAUAA